GCUGAAUGUUUUGAUUUUGCUCCACGUGCAGUCGAGUCGGUAUCAGCAUGUGCAAUUGCUGACGAGUUAAAUGUUGUUAUUUUUUUUUACCGGCUACAUUUAUUAGAAGAGGCACACUAUGGAGGCGAGACUGGUACGGCCACAAGCUGGAAAACCUUCGACGAAAAUCAUAGCUGCCAAGUUUGAACAUGGCCACCUAAAGAAGGGGAUGUUUAAGAAGCUUCACUACAGCUACAGAGAGAUGGCAGACAGAGACUCCCAGUCAAGGGAGGCAACGCAGAAGAUCUUGACAAUACCAGCCAAGGAGAAGCUGUCCUAUGUCGGCCAUAGCAACAGCAAGACUGAAGACUCAGCAUCCAAGUACUACUUGGGAUGUCUGGACACAAGAACAGGGAAACUGACGAUCCAUGAUGCCGAAAUGUUUCACAUGAAGCCGACAUUUGAAGAUAGCAAGAAAGAAGAGCUUGUAUUUGACACCCCUCUCUCAUUUGUCCAGCAGAAUGACCGACUGAAUGCAGCCUUCGGGUCAACAAAAAAGAAACGAGCUGUGAAAGCCAAACAGAAGUUUAACGAAUUGACCGGUGAAGCCUUCAACACCUCGAUGGACAAUGCCAUCGGACAUGCGGUCACUCAGUCGGACGUACUGGACUCCCCAGUUGCCAUUCCUUCUUCAUCUGAAACCAUCCUUCCACCGUAUGACCGCAACGCUGAUUGUCCAGAAAAUGUUUACACAGCUGAUGCAGUGAUAACCCCUCAGCUGUUGACGGCUCUGAAAUCUCCAGCUGAGAAGUUCUUCACACGUACCCAGGCCCAGCUAGCUGAAUGGACGGACACGAAAGAGUACCCGUGGUACAUCCUGGAACAGUUGAAGGUGAUGCCGUCUGACGAUGGCCGGCGCUGGCAGAAGGCGAAGUGCCUGGUGUAUCUGCAGUACUUGUUGACGCUCUACAAGUACAAGCCAGCCAACUUCAAGAAACACAACUGUCUGCCUGCUGAGUGGCCCGAGGUCGUGAAGAAGCAGCUGUUGUCCCAGUUCACCACCAUGUCCGUGGGCAACAAGGCUCAGAAAGCAACCAGAUAUUUCCCUGCUCGCUUGAAGGACAAGCUGCUGUUGUACAUUCUUGCUGUGUCGCUGAUCAUAGAACACGCCAGACUUGACCCGUCGCUGUUGGUGCAGGACUUGGCAGUGGCAGACAGGAGGGUGUCUCAGUUCUACCGCGCCCUCGGCUGCGCUGUGGCGACCCAGAAGAAGAAGGAGCAGGGAGAGCCGCUGGUGGUGCUGAAGCUGCCCCUGAAGCUGCCCACAGAGUCCAAGCCCGUCACCAGGAGGGGCGGCCGGAAGAGGAACUUGAAGCUGUGACCUCAUUGACGACAAUUAUUCUUAAACAUAUUUUUGGGCUUUUUUUCUUUACAUGACAGUUUUCUCUAUUUGGGCUAAAACGGAACGCAUUUAGAUGUUCAUAUUUAAUAUUUCUUAACUCAACACAUUCGUAAUCAAACCACUUAAGUUGUAAUAUAUCAGAGGGCACGGGUG